CGCCCGCUCACUAAAUUUGGACCGAGUCGUUUUUUUCUUCCGUUAAGCACCCCCUUUAGUUUCUCCUUCCUUUCACCACGAGCAGGGCCUCGACAUCUUCUUGCAUACCCUCUCAAUAUACUCUCCUAGUGCAAAUUAUACCCUCUCUUGCAAGCAAGACAUUCCCUUUUUCUUUCGUCUUUUUUUUAACGACUUUCGCUUUUCCCGCUGAGCGGCGUUCAAUCGGUCAUUACUUGAAGAAACCUAAGUAUAUCUACUGGAAUAUUCUGGCUUACAUCGAAGCACAAUUUCGAAAGAAAAUAAGAAAAAUCAGCGAAAAUGAGACACUCUUCAGCAAUUUCACUCCUCUCUGCUAUCGGUGGUGCUUUGGCCACCAACCAUGGUGCGUCGGUGCCUGGAACCGGUAUGGUGCAUGCUAUGCCUUCUAGUUCUGCAGUGUCAUACCCUGCGUUGGCGCAAACUUCUGCUCCUGCUGGGAUUUACACAACGGCCCCGCCAGCUACGGUAACAGACAAGGCCAAAUACGUUGCCAGUAUGGCUCCUCCAGUCGCGUCUGCUGGUCCAAUGACACAUACCGUCACCGUUGGUGGUAUGGUGGGAAAUAUCUAUACUCCUAAUCAGGUAAUGGCGCAGGUCAAUGAUGUCGUUCAAUUCAUCUUCAUGAGCCAGAACCAUACUGUUACUCAGUCGAGCUUCGACAAGCCUUGUAACAAGCUGUCCCCGGACGCUUUUGACUCCAACUUCCUGCCCAACCCCAACAACACUGUGAGCCCUGCUCCUACAUUUAAGUACACCGUUACUGCCAAGGAACCGACCUGGUGGUACUGCAAGCAGAGAAACGGUAACCAUUGCGGAAGGGGAAUGGUCUUCGCCAUCAACCCAACUGCGGAGAAAUCCUUCGACACCUUCAAGGCCAAUGCCAUCAGGAUCAAUGGAACCGCCACAACAACCACCGGUGCCGCAGCCACGGUGUCUGGCGUCUCCAGCACUGUCACCCUCAUUGGUGAGACCUCCGCUGGCGUCACCACCAGUGCUAAUGGCGGAGCUGUGGCCACAAAAUCUGCUGCUGCACCAAUCGUCACCGGAUGGAACCAAGGUGCCUCUGGUGCCGCUUGCAGCUGCGCUUGCUUCUGUGGUGUUGGUGCUUACCCUGCUGGGGACGGUAUCGGAGCCUAUGGUGGCAUGGGAGGAUCUCUUCCGGCCCCUUGGUAAACGCUCCCGCCGACAAUUUCUCAUUCCUCAUUUUCUUUUUUCUUUUUUCUCAAUUUUUGUCUGCCCAAAAUACGCUUGUUACAGGCUUUAAUUUAUAUUCCAUGUGGAGUUCUUCUUUGUCUAUAUGGACGUUGGGGGAGGGAGGGAAACAUUCAAAUCCCAUUUAUGUCCUAUUUUUUUU